AUCUCAUCUUCACUGACUAAAGUACCAUCUACAGUCCACUCGACUGCACGAUCCCGAGAGCUGUUAUGAUGCCCAACAAAACAGCGUUGGCCACGGCUGCCUUAUUCUGCCUGGCCGUUGGCGUAUGGAGGAACCGGCUGUCAUCACUGGUAUCCCCAUCAUUGGAUCUGGCAUUGCUCAGUCACAGUUUCCAGGCCGUCAACUCGGCCCCUCUCAUAUUCGAUUCAAUCGAAUUGAGCUCAUCAUUUCUAAGAUGCACGUGUGUUCCUCUCUCCUCGUUGCGAGGCGGUCGCGUUGGUGGUGGUUGCGCCUUCCUUCCUCAGUGUUACACAGACGGAACAGACCUCAGCGCCCCCGUUCAUCGUGCCUUCCUCCGCUGUCUCGCCUUUCGCAGACUUUCCCAUUAUUUCUUCUUCCACCAUCUCUCCCUCAUUCCCACCUUUGUCCCUCACACACGCAGCACUCGUACUCUCCCUUGUAUCGCUCCCUUUCGUCUUAUACCUAGUCAUUUACCAUCACGACCUACUAUGGGCGCUUCUUCGGUUGCGAGUGACGACUCGAACAAUGAUGGCGGUUUCAUCGUUGAUAUCGAUGCGAUCCAGGCGCACGGUAUCGGUGCUGUCGAUAUCUCGAAGCUGAAAUCAAAUGGCUACUAUACAAUCGCAUCAGUGCAUUCGGCUACUCGUCGCAAUCUACUGAAGAUCAAGGGCUUCAGUGAAAUCAAGGUCGACAAAGUCAAGGAUGCCAUCGCAAAGUGCCAGGUACAUCACUAAGUCCACUUCACACUCAAGUGUAGAUCUCUGACGUGCAGCACAGCCUUCUGGGGGAGGGUUUCAGACUGCUCAUGAGCUCG